AUAUCUGAGUGCAGAGGCAGAGAUCAGAGAGACUAUAGUACUUAUUAACAGUCAAUAAACAGACAUGGAGCUUGGGUCGCUGGUGACUGCUGUGAAAAGUAAGAGGGUGCUGAUUGGUGACCAUGUCCGUCCAGCCGUCAUAAAAAUAAAGAAUGGAAAAAUACACCAAAUACUCAGUAUAAGUAAUUUUACUGAGGAUGUCGGCUGUGAGGUUUGGGAUGUGGGCGACAGCCUGGUGAUGCCAGGCAUCGUAGAUUGCCACGUUCAUGUGAAUGAACCAGGCCGGACGUCCUGGGAGGGAUUCUGGACGGCUACCAGAGCUGCUGCUGCGGGAGGAGUGACCACAAUUGUGGACAUGCCCUUAAACAGCAUCCCUCCAACCACAACACUUGGAAACUUUCAGGAGAAGCUGAAGGAAGCGACAGGGAAGUGUUUUGUGGACACAGCUUUCUGGGGGGGUGUUAUCCCUGGAAAUCAGACAGAACUUCGGCCCAUGAUCAAGGCUGGAGUGGCCGGAUUCAAGUGCUUCCUCAUCCAUAGUGGUGUUGACGAGUUCCCUCAUGUGGCUGACAGCGACCUGCACGCAGCCAUGAAGCAGCUGGAGGGCACCGGGAGUGUCCUGCUGUUUCACGCAGAGAGGGAUGUUCAGGGAGCCACGGUGGAGACGGGAGACCCCUGCCAGUACUCCACUUUCCUGCAGUCCAGACCAGACAUCAUGGAGGUGGAGGCGAUCCGCACUGUUACACAACUCUGUCUGCAGUACAGGGUGCGAUGUCAUAUCGUCCACUUGUCCUCUUCACAACCGUUGAAACUCAUCGAGGAGGCCCGGGCGGCCGGAGCCCCCCUGACGGUGGAGACCACCCACCAUUACCUCAGCCUGUGUGCAGACAACAUACCUGCAGGGGCAACGCAGUUCAAAUGCUGCCCCCCCAUCAGAGACUCCUUUAACCGGGAGCAGUUGUGGUCGGCGCUGAAAGCUGGACAGAUUGACAUGGUGGUAUCUGAUCACUCCCCAUGCACACCGGAUCUGAAGAAACUGGACAGUGGUGACUUCACGCAGGCCUGGGGAGGGAUUUCAUCCUUACAGUUUGGGUUGCCUCUCUUUUGGAGUUCAGCCAGCAGGAGAGGUUUUCAGUUGCCGGAUGUUGUGAGGCUCCUCAGCCGCAACACAGCGCAACUCUGUAGUCUUGGCAACCGGAAAGGAAGCCUGGCCCCCGGCUUUGAUGCCGACCUGGUCGUAUGGGACCCAGAAAGAGAGUUUGAGAUUGAAGAAGCAGGCAUACACCACAAGAACAAGGUGACUCCGUACCUGGGCCUGGAGCUGCAGGGACUGGUGCGCGCCACCGUCCUGAGAGGCCGGCUGGUGUACCGGGAUGGCAGCUUCUGCCCUGAGCCUCUGGGGACGUGUCUCCUCAUUCCUCAGAGGACACGUUAAGCACAACUCUGAAGCAUAAGAACAAGCACUAACAAUAAACACGUUUCAGCCAUU